GGGUUGGACCCCACGGAGGCUCUGCUGGCGCAGCUGCUGACGCAGCGGGCGAUGCUACUGCAGGAGCAGGUUCAGAACGAGGGCGUGACAGCCUUCCUGCGCCGGCCCCCCGUGCGCGGCCGCCUCAACGAGCGCUUCCUGCAGAACACGUUGCGCGACGUGCGCACCGCCAACAAGCGCGCGGAGGAGGCGGAGAUGUGGGAGCUGAGGGAGGCGCAGCAGGAGCGGCAGGAGCGCGAGGCGGAGCGGCGCAGCCGCAGCCCGGCGGUCGCUGGUGACAGUGGCAGGGCUGGAGGUGGCAGCGCACGGGAGCGGUCGGGAUCUGCCGCCGACAGGGGCGCCCGAUCUGGGUCGCGGCAGUGGUCCCGCUCUAGGUCCUGCUCUAGGUCAAGAUCGCGGUCCAGGUCGCCUCAGCGGCGAGAGGGGAGCGUUCGGAGCGGCAGCGGCCGUGCUGUGGCUGCUGGUGCGGCCGGCAGCGAGCCCUCCAGGCUCAGGCAUACCGACCGGGCCUCUGAGGGGGGCCGCGAGGGAGCUGCAGGUGCGAGUGGACGCGCCGGCAGCCAGCCGGCUGACGACAGGUGGCGUGGCGAGUCCGAGGAACGCAGCCGGGACCGCAGCCGCGACCGCAGCCGACGGAGAGCGUCAAGUUCGCGCUCGCCAGCAUCCCUUUCGCGCUCACCCUUGGCGCGGCGCGGCACGGAGGCAACCGCCGGACUGCGGGAUGCAGGGGAGGAGCCGCUGCGGACGCGACAGCGGCGCGAGGAUGAGGGCCAGGAAGCGGAGGGGGAUGCCAGGCCACGCACCCGAGAGCGGCGUAGCGAGCGCCCUUCCAGCCGGCGCGACAGCGGCGGUGGCAGUAGCACUUCGGAGCCUGGCGGCAGCGGCAGUACUAGCAGCAGUAGCACGACGAGCAGCGGUGCAGGCCGUGACGGUGCGCGGCCAAGCGCCAGUGGAGGUGCCAGUGGCGACGGUGAUGGCAACGGCGACGGCGAUGAGGACGCUGGCAGUGACGGGUACGGCUCACGGCGCGAGGCUGAGGACGCGUGUGCAGCCCGCCGCCGCAACCGCGCGGGACGCUCUAGUUCCCCGCCACCAGGCGACCGUGAGCGGACGCGCAGCGAUGCCAGCCUGGACCGCAUGCGGAGUGAUGCGGAUGGCAAGGGCGCGGGCCCCUCUGACGCUGACGCUGACGCGGGCGGCGGAGAUGAUGGUCCCUACAUGAUGACGGAUGAGGAGAUUGCGGAGAUGCUGGGCAGGUACCGGGUGCGCGGCCGCGGCGGCGUGGGCUCCAAAGCGGAUGCGGUGGGCCCCGACCCUGAGUUUGCGGAUGCGGGCGGCGAGGUUGGCGGCGGCUUUGGCGGGAGUCCUGCGGAUGCCGCCAGGGCUAAGCGAGGACCUUCAGCGCCGGCGUGGCUGAAGGCUGCGGCAGCCACUCAGCAGGUUCUGGGCCGGCUAGGGUUGCCGGUGCUGGGCCCUACGCCGGAGGCGCUAGUGGCGUUGCAGCGGCAGCUGGCUGAGCGGCAGCUGGCGGCGCUGGAGGGGCUAGAGCAACAGCACCGCUCCAAGAAGAACCGCAAGGACAAGACGCGCAAGGACAAGGAAACGGACGCCGACAGCAGAAAGAGGAAAAAGAGCAAGAAGGGAAAGGAGAAGGGGAGGGAGAAGGAGAAGGAGAAGAAGAAAGGCAAAGACAAGGCGAAGGGCCGGACGAAGGAGCGGAAGUGGAGCGAGUAGUCGGGUGGCACACGUGUGCGUAAGAUGCGGUUAGGUAUCUGGAAAUU